GGGGCGGGGGCUCCGGGGGGACCAUGCCCGGAGGCCGGCCGGGCGCAGCAUGGCUCACGGGCCCGGCGCGCUGAUGCUGAAGUGCGUGGUGGUCGGCGACGGGGCGGUGGGCAAGACGUGCCUGCUCAUGAGCUACGCCAACGACGCCUUCCCCGAGGAGUACGUCCCCACUGUCUUUGACCACUAUGCAGUCAGCGUGACCGUGGGUGGGAAGCAGUAUCUCUUGGGACUCUACGACACAGCUGGUCAGGAAGACUAUGAUCGCCUGAGACCUUUAUCUUAUCCUAUGACUGACGUCUUCCUUAUAUGUUUUUCUGUCGUAAACCCAGCCUCCUUUCAAAACGUGAAGGAGGAAUGGGUACCAGAGUUAAAGGAAUAUGCACCGAAUGUACCCUUCCUAUUAAUUGGAACUCAGAUUGAUCUUCGAGAUGACCCCAAAACUUUAGCAAGACUGAAUGAUAUGAAAGAAAAACCUGUAUGUGUGGAACAAGGACAAAAACUAGCAAAAGAGAUAGGAGCAUGCUGCUAUGUGGAGUGCUCAGCUUUAACGCAGAAGGGCUUGAAGACGGUUUUUGAUGAAGCUAUCAUAGCCAUUUUAACUCCAAAGAAACACACAGUGAAAAAAAGAAUAGGCUCAAGAUGCAUAAACUGUUGUUUGAUCACGUGAGACAGGGAUGCACUGGCCAGGAAUGCCAUGUAUUUCUCUCCCACUAUAGGAAAUGGUACAGAUAAACCUCUGCCUUCAGAAAUCUGCGAAGUUCAUUAAGAAUAGCCAUCCACAGGCCAGGGAGCAGCCAACAGCAUCUGAAGUCACAAUCUAUUACAAAUACUUUAUUUCAGCUAGAAGGUACAAUCUCUCAGGGGUUUCAUAGUUAAAAAAGCUACAACCACACCAUGUUGCAACUGCAUAAAAAAUGCUGUAAAUGGAAUUGCUCGGCUCUGUAGUAAUACUUCAGGAGGUUUGAGUCUUCUGCUUUGACCGCAUAAAUUUCUGCACAGUCUUUAUGGAAUCUGCACAAAGAAACAAAACACCUUCUUUUUGCUCCACUUAUCUGCUCUUGUAUGUGAGCUGCUUCCUGUUCCUGUAAAUCCAUACAGGGGAAAUGAGAAGACCAGCCACAUACCCAAAGGUGGCUCCCAGCGUACAGGAGAUGGGCCACACCUAAGGAGAGAGGGUGGGAGACAAGAGGGAAAAUGUUUUAUCUUGUACUUGAGCACAAGUUCUGUGUAAUCUAAACAUUUCUAUUUUAAAGCUUAACAUGCUUUCCUAAUGAAUGCCAAAACUGUAAUAAGAUUAUACCUGCAUUUAUCACGAACACUAAAUGCUGUACAGUUUUUAGUUAAUGUGCAAUUAAGAUGUAUCUGGACUCCUGCCAACUGUAGAUUUAGUUUGAUGCUCCCAAAACUUGCAUGAGAAACAUGCUAACACUUAAGUUUUGGGUCAGA